UUGUUUGACUAUAUUAGAAAAUGUCUCAGUUUUAGUCAAUUUUUUACCGUUUAUUUUACUAAUUACCAAAUAAUACUAAAUCUGUGAAAUUACUAUUUUUUUAUACACACUCGAAACUAUUUUUAAGAUAAAUUUCAUAACUCGGUUAAUUUAUUAAUCUUAAAAUAUGACGAAUGAAACAAGUGAGCAACAUGUACAGGGAAAAUUCGUUUCAGAAAAAAUUUCUAAAAUUAGGUGGCAAAAUGAACCUUUUGCGGAUACGAAAACAUUUUUAACUGGCAGUUGGGAUAAUCCUGUAAAUAAAAUAACAUUAUGGACUCUACAAACUAAUGAAGAUGAGGAAUCAGAUCCAGUAGUUGUAACGUCUGAUCCGUGUUAUGGAGAUGUUACAGAAAUAAAGUUUAUAAAUAAAGACUUUUUUGUUGUAUCGUCGUCUGAUGGAUCAGUAAAAGUCCUCCAGGUUCUAGAAAAUCCGUAUUCCAAAUUUAAGGAGCAUAUUACGUGGAAAAAUAUUCACUACUAUAUGACUGGCGAAAAUGCCUGCUGCACUGGUUUUUCUACCUUUGAACAAGAUAUUGUUUCCGUGGGAGAGGACGGAAGAAUAAAUUUACUUACAGCUCAUCAGAAAGAAAUUGUGCGAUCAAUUGAUACUGCUGAAAGUUGUUCAAUAUGCUGCAUUGAUUUUUUGAAACACAACGAAAUUCUAACAGGAAAUAUUCGGGGUCAUAUGAAAAUUUGGGAUCUAAGAAACUAUCAAGACAGACCCGUUCCAUUUAUGCUUUCCGAUCAAGUUACGACCGAAGUCACUAGUGUCGCUCAUCAUCCAACACAAAGACACAUUGUUGUUGCUGGCGGAGGUGAUGGAAGUUUAACUGUCUGGGAUCUUCGACGAAACACUUAUCCAGUUUCCCAAUUAAAUGCACACGCAAAAGCUGUUACUGAAAUUUUAUUCCAUCCAGAUAGACCAGAUAAUCUUUUCACAUGCUCCACAAGUGGAGAACUUUGGCACUGGAAUAAUGCUAGUCAAUCGAAAAUCAAAUUUGAUAAUAAUGCAGACGCUCAUUGGUUGAAUUCUUUCGGCGGUAAAGGAAAAGUUACAGUCUGCGCUAGUGUUCACAAACCUAUAAACAGCAUUGACAUUAAUAAAUCAACAUUAUUGUUUGGUUCCGAUAAUGAAGCUAUUUAUACAAUUAGAAAUGUAAAUAUAUAAACAAAUUUUUUUUCCCUACGAAAACGAAUCUAUUUCUCUCCAUUUAAGACAAUAAAUGCAUUUGUACAUUUUCA